AUGAUAUCUUUCGCAUCACUUGCCCUAGGGAUCGCUAUCAUUACCGGCGCGUUUGCUGCUCCCGGCGCUGAGUUGUCUGAACGCGAGCUGGUUAAGCGCCAGUCGAUCACGAGUAGCGAAACUGGGACUAGCGGUGGCUACUACUACUCAUUCUGGACCGACGGUGGCGGCUCCGUGACUUAUACCAAUGGCGACGCCGGUGCCUAUAGUGUUGAGUGGACUAACAGCGGUAACUUUGUUGGUGGCAAGGGUUGGAAUCCUGGCAGUGCUCGCACCAUUACAUACUCCGGUGACUUUGAACCCAGUGGCAAUGGAUACCUAUCUGUGUAUGGCUGGACAGAAGACCCUCUUAUUGAGUAUUACAUUGUGGAAUCAUACGGUACCUACGACCCUUCUACCGGAGCCACCCAGAUCGGCACUGUCGAUAGUGACGACGGCACGUACAACAUCUACAAGACGACUCGAGUCAACCAGCCUUCUAUCGUGGGUACUGCAACCUUUGAUCAAUACUGGUCCGUCCGCACGUCGAAGCGUACUAGUGGCACUGUCACCACUGCCAACCACUUUAGCGCCUGGGAAAGCUCUGGGCUAACUCUUGGUACUUUCAACUACCUGAUUGUGGCCACGGAGGGAUAUCAAAGCAGCGGGUCAAGCUCUAUUACUGUCUCCUAA